GAAGAAGGGGACGGGUGACAAAUUCAAAUUGACAAUGUACUUUGCAUUGCCUUGCAUGACUGACACACAUGACAUCUUUCUUCUGCUCACUCUGCUCAUUACUAUGUUAAACGUUAAAACACCGACCUUUCCUUCCUUCUUUCUCUUGCAUUAACUAUGGUAUCACUUUUUUCUCAACCCUUUGGUUCUUCUUCUUCUUCUUCUCCUUCAUUACCCCUUAGAAAAUGCAAUACCCUCAAACUCAAACCUUUCACUGUUUUUUCUUCUUCUCAACAACCUUUCCCUCCUUUUCUUCCCAAAGAAAUUCACUCAAUCAAAGACCCUUUUGCUCGUAAGUUCGCAAUGCGGAUUCAGAGACUACCUGUCCCUGUUAGCUUUGUUGAAAAUCCCAUCAUGAGCAGUUGUGUGAAGCCACUGGUGCAGAACAAGGAACCUCCGAUUGUUCUUCUACAUGGUUUCGAUAGUUCAUGUUUAGAAUGGAGAUAUGGAUAUCCAUUGCUUGAAGAAUCUGGUUUCGAGACUUGGGCUAUCGACAUUCUUGGUUGGGGUUUCUCUGAUUUAGAAAAUCUUCCUCCUUGUGACGUGGUAUCAAAACGCAAUCACUUCUAUCAGUUUUGGAAGUCCUACAUCAGAAGGCCAAUGAUAUUGGUUGGACCAAGCCUCGGCUCUGCUGUUGCCAUUGACUUUGCUGUCAAUUAUCCAGAAGCUGUGGAAAAACUUAUUUUGAUUGAUGCUAGUGUAUAUGCAGAGGGAACUGGAAACUUAGCAACCUUGCCUAGAUCGGUAGCCUAUGCUGGGGUAUAUUUAUUGAAGAGUCUUCCAUUACGCUUAUAUGCCAACUAUUUGACCUUCACUAACAUGUCCUUACGCACCAUCCUUGAUGGGACUAAUGUGGGCCGCUUGCAUUGCUUAUUGCCUUGGUGGGAUGAUGCUACUGUUGAUUUUAUGACUAGUGGCGGUUACAAGAUUGCACCCCUCAUAAGAAAGGUAAAGCAGAAAACACUGAUAAUAUGGGGUGAAAAUGACCGCAUUGUCAGCAAUAAGCUUGCAGUGCAACUACAUUGUGAAUUACCUGAUGCAAUUCUACGCCAAAUACCCGAUUGUGGGCAUAUUCCUCAUUUGGAAAGACCGGAUUCAACUAUCAAAUUAAUUGUUGAAUUUAUUCAGACAGAGAAAAAGAAAUUAAGUCAACGUGUUUCACAAGUAAGCCAAGUGAGCAGUUAAGUUUAGCAAACCUACAGGUGAUAGUGCUACAUAUGUUUUUGGAAUGCUCCUUCCAUAACUAGGGAUUUAGAGGAAGAUAGAAACCAUAUAGCUGCAGGCCUAAUGGGUUUUAGAGGAAGAUAGAAACAAUGUGUGCUGCAGUAGCCUAAUAUUGAUAUGCCUUUACCAUAUUGUUAUAUAUCAUUUACAUUGAUUGUUGAUGUUUUAGUUGUUGACUCGAAAAUUUACAAAUAUUACUCACUACUCUUCGAUGUUGAACCCUGUUUUCAGUGAAUAAAUAUUGAACAGUGUUAUUUGGACAUCACAAAUUCAAAACCGUUCCUGCACAUGAAUGAAAAUACUUCCAACGGCCAACACAACUGUGGAAGUGACCGAAAGAGAGGAAAGUUCAAUAGAAAAACCCACAACAUUGUCAUUAUAUGGUGUCAUGGCAACAUUUGUGUUGUCAAAAAUAUCAUUUCUGAUAAAUAUUCUUUAGUGUCAUCUUUUGAAGUAGCCUGGUUCAGUGUCAUGUAGCCUAGCACAAUAUCAUUAUUUUAUCAUGUAACCAACUUCAUCUGUAGUGUGAAGACUUCAUUGUUUUUCUAUUGCGACGCUUUGGCCACUUAAUCUCAAGUACCAAGAUUCUCUUAUGACCA